AGAAGAAGAAACCAGCUGUUAGCUAGUGGGUUGAGCUCGGCUGAGUUACAUUAACUCUGAAGUUCGUCUACUUUAGAAAUAAAUUCAAAGUUUUUUUGUUGGACAUGGACUACGUUUCUAUUUCGUCAAGCACUGGUGGUGUGGAGUCGUCUUAUUGAAAUUGUUUACCUUGUUAUUGGCUAACCCCAAAAGAGGAAGGUAUGAACUUCCAGGGUAGUCGGAGGCGAGGCGAGGAUGGCAUCGCCGUAGUGAUUGACUUCCUGCUGUCCAACGCCCGGCUGGUUCUGGGCGUCGGUGGGGCUGCCAUGCUCGGAAUCGCCACACUGGCAGUGAAACGCCUGAUCGAGCGCGCUGGCCGUGCUGCCGAUGAUGAAAAGGUGGAGCAGAAGAUGGCUGAGAGCUGGGAGGAGCUGAGUUUGGUGUCUGCGUCACCCACACUGAUCAAGAAGGGCAUAAAGGGUGUGGUGAUGAAGCACGUCGCCAAGGCAACGAGACAGCAGAAAGCUGACCUCUGCCAGCAACAACCUCAGACAUCGCCUCUGGAGGUUCAGCCCAAACCCGAGUCAAAGUCUAAAAGGCUCCAGCUGUGCGUCCUUAGCCUGCAGGAGCGGCUGCAGCAGUAUUAUCACACAAGAGCUGCCCUGGCUCCUCAUGAGGUCCAGAGGGCUCAGUCUCUGGCUCUGGACAUCUGCACUGAGAUCCAGGGCUUCCUGCACAGCCGACACCCUGACAUGCCCCUGGGAGAAAUGAGCUUAGGAGGUUCUCUGCUGGAUGACCUGCAGGUGGUCAGUGCAGACCAUGCAUGUCUGCUGGUGCCUCUGCAGCUGGAGGCCUCUCUGUGGCGUCUCAUCCCAGGAGAGGAAACUCUGCUCACUCACCCGCUGCACUGGAUGGUCCGACGAGUCAAUCUGGAGUAUUUUCCCAGAGGACGAAGCUACUGGGACAGGUACCUGGUGGGCGGUUACCUGUCAGCAGAAGCUGUUGUGAACAUGUUUAGUAAAGCUGUCAUGGAAACCAUCAACUGGCCAUCCAUCAGCAGCACCAUGGACUGUCUGGUCAGACCAGUACUGGGAGGGCCAGACCUAAGGCUGGAGAUACGGCCUGGAAAACUAACAGAAGCAGCAGAGAGCGCUGACCCGCCCCUCUUCAUCUCCAUACUGCCUCUGCUGAGGGACGAGGAUGUGGUUCUGACCUGCCAGCCUGAUCUCACCUCUCCCUGGGUCAAUGCCUGGCACCUGUCCCUCUACCCGUGGGAGACCCAGCGCCUGGCUCAGCUCGAUGCCGCUGAUGAUGGAUGUCGCAGACUCACUCUCAAAAUCCUCAAAGCUGUGUGCAAACUGAACCCCGCCCUGCGAGCGCUUGAGGCCGCUCCGCUCGCCAACCUCAUCCUGCACCUCAGUGACAGCGUGAGCGACUGGUCUGAGAGCAGCCUGGAUGUCAGGUUCCAGCACUGUAUCACAGAGCUGAUCGGCUACCUCGAACAAGAAGCGCUGCACAGUUACUUCAAGCCGGCUGUCAAUCUGCUGAGCGGCUUGUCAGAGGAUCAAGUGGAUCAGAUGGGCUUCAUGCUCUACUGUGCCGUGUCAGAGCCGGAGAUCCUGCUCAUAUGAUAAACAAACAUAGACAAAGACGUAGCUCUCUUCAUGCUGACUUCUCUCAUUGAUUAGCUUCUCCAUUCUGCUUAGAUUCAAAGACGCACUGCACAGCAGGAAAUAUGGCAGGCACCAUGGACCGAUGUCUACACUGAACGAGGAGAAGCUAACAGAAGUCUGCACAUGAGAAAGUGAGAAUCGAGCUAAGCUAAUCACAGGAUGGAAAUGAGAAGUGCCAAGAAAGGAGCUGAGGAAGUGUUUGUCUAGAAAAAUGUGCCUAAUCACAAGUUCUCACAAAAAUAAUGUAGAAAAGUCUGCUUGGAAAUGCCAGUAAUAACUUUUCACAGGGUGUUGGUUAAAAACCAUAAUCAGUCUCUCCAUUAACAGCAGGGAAGCAGUUGAGAUUAAAGCUUUAGUGCAGUUUUUCUUUCUGUCCUCUAAAUGGUAGUUUUUGUCUGCAUAAAUCUUUAAUUUAUUCUUACUAUGCAGAAAAAUAACUGGGUUUAGCUGCACUUGUAAAACAACUCAGUGAGCCUGAGUGAGGUUUAUAAAACUGGAGGUGGAUAUGUACAUGUUUAGUUUGUCUUCUUAAGUGUUUCAGUCUGUCACCAAUGUUGUUUGGGUUAACUAAUUCUUUAUAUUAUGCUUGAAGUUGCCUCAUCAUUUUAAGCACUUGCUUUUAAAUAUGGUAUGAAUGUUGUGGGUAUUUCUUCAGUUUUAUGAGUCUUGAGUGAAAGAAUUUGGAUUUUCUGUAAGUGAGCAGUGAAACAGCAAAUAAAAAGUAAAGCAAU